AUCUUGGGCAACAACAUGUCUUUGGCCGGUAUAGCUACGUCGCUCAGUCCUCCUACCCAGGUGCUGUUUAAGUUGGACAAGCCUGCCUACAGUACCCCACCGCCAGUAAGCAAUGAUCCGGCCAACAAUGAGUGUAAAAUGGUGGAGUAUCGUGGGGCUAAAGUGGCCAGUUUCUCGAUCGAUGCACGAGAGAUGAUCUGUCUACCGCAGGCGUUUGAUCUGUUCCUGAAGCACUUGGUCGGUGGUUUACAUACGGUGUAUACGAAACUGAAACGUCUUGAUAUUACACCUGUUGUUUGCAACGUUGAACAGGUCCGAAUCCUUCGUGGGUUGGGUGCGAUACAGCCAGGAGUGAAUCGUUGUAAACUGGUGACCCGGGAUGAGUUUGACAUUCUCUACAACGACUGUACUACAGCAAGCAGUCGCCCUGGGAGACCACCAAAGCGAACACUGCCUCCCCCAGGUCUGUCACCCUCGGGCCAUUUCCUAUUGAAAAAACCCAAAAUAGAGAACGGUUGCUUAACAAACGGCAUAGAUUUCUCCGGUUUUUCACCUCUAGGACUCCGAGAUGGGAAAACAGUUGGUAUCCCUAAUGGAUACCUAUCUCCAUACCUUCUUACCACCCACCCAAGUAUGAUGCCCACAUCUCUCGCCAUGGUAACCAGCCACUCUAGUAUGCAUGCCAGCCAUCGACAUGACGAACCCAUUUCACUCUCUGUCAACACGACCGCAAAAUCUGAUGGGACAUCGGCAAAAAGUGAUAAAUCUCCAAGCAGCAGUGACCUUAGCUCACCACGUUCUGGGAUUGAUAGACCGAAAGAACAACAGUGCUCACCGCCCAGAAAGGAGGCAGAAAAAGAACAUGAAAGACACACAGAUGUAAAAUCACACAAAGAUUCAGACAACAAACGAAAUUCAACAGACCAGCGCGACCACCACCAUCACUAUCAUCAGCAUUCCACAGAGUCAGAGAAAAUAUCCAGUAUUGGUAACGGAUUGAAUUACAAUCAAACGGCGGCGGCGUUGUAUAAUAUUCCCGAAAACACAUCAUCUAUUGAAACGUUGCUAACAAACAUUCAGGGCUUGCUUAAAGUAGCGGCUGAUAAUGCCAGACAACAAGAAAAACAGAUCAACUUAGAAAAAGCUGAACUGAAAAUGGAACUACUUCGAGAAAAGGAGUUGAGAGAAGCUCUUGAAAAACAAUUAGUGGCAGAACAGAAAACCAGAGCAAUCAUUCAAAAGAGGCUGAAGAAAGAGAAAAAAGCGAAAAGAAAACUUCAAGAACAGUUAGAAGUAGAACAAAAAACUCGCAGUCAGACAGACAGCAGCGUAAUAAAACCAAACACUGUAGAAGCAUUGCGAGUAAUCAACGAUGCCAAAAUAGCCAGCAAAUACAGUUACCCAAGCACGGAGGCUCUCUCCCAGGAAUUAAAACUAGAGAGAAAUGCACGAACAGAUGCCGAGAGGAAGUUACUAGAUAUCCGAGGAAGUCUUCAGAGUUUUACGGAGAAUUUCCUGGCUAAGAACGGACACAUGGACUAUUCACAGUACCGAAUGGAAUGCAAAGAUCCGAGAAACAUCAGUGGAGACGAAAUCGACGAUGACGUCAUUGAUAACGAUAUUGAAGAUAAUGACGACGACAUGGCUGAUAUUGAAGAUGAAGAUUGAGCCCCUCUGGUCUAAAGCUGUCACCCCAGUGUAAAAAUGGUACGCACCAUAUUGGAUUGUGUCAUUUGAAUACAGGGGUGUCAGAUGGAACUUUUAAAACUGGGAACAGAUUUGUGUCUUUCUAUUUUUGCAGUUUCAUAUCAAGGUUUUUUUCCCGAAAAAAUAAUCAGAUUUUUUCAAAAUGACAAAAAAAAGAAAACAAAAAAAAAA